GGAUGAAGCAGGACUGGAAGGGAAUGUGGCCAGCAGGCGCCGCUCUUCGGCCACCUCCGGCUGCCGGCUCUCCCCACCCUCCUUGCCCAGCCUGCCUUCCCUGUCCCGGGCCAAAACCGCAAAGCAGCUGUCGGCGCGCAAAGAGCCAGCGCGCCUUGGAGAGGAGCAGGAGCGCGCCGGAGCAAGACGGGAGCCGUCCGUGGACCCGAGGCUGAUUUGCAAGAGGUGGCGGCCAUGCAGCGGGCGGACUGGGACGAGCAGAGCGAGCUGCGGGAGCUCAACUCCCGCCUGUGGCUCUACGUGUCGCGGGUGCGGGCGCUGGAGGAAGAGAACCGGCGCCUGGCGCAGGAGCUGGGCGCGCUCCGCGGGCGGGAGAAGCAGGUUUGCCGCCUGCAGGAGCACGAGGAAGAGGUGGCCGAGCUGCGCCUGCUGGUGAGCGAGCUGAGCCGGGCCAAGGGAGAAGCCGAGCUGGAUCGCGACGCCCUGCGCCAAGAGUUGGCCACCUUGGAGAGCUUGGGCGCGCAGUCGGUGGAGCUGCGACGGCGCCGCUUGGAGCCCGAGCUGGCCGAGCUGCGGCAGCAACUGGAGCGCUUGCGGGCCGACUGCGCCGCCCUGGAGGCGCUGCUGGAGCGCCUGCGGGCCGAGCACGGGCGACUACAGGAGGAGCGGCGGCGGCGUCCCCAGCGCCUGCCGGCCCUGCUGCCUCCGCCGCCGGCCAGGACUUCGACGCGCGCCGUCAGCCGACGGGAGCUGGAGGACAGUUACGCGCUGGUGCUUAGCUGGAGCUGCGAGCAGAGCCUGGAGCGCUACGAGGCCGAGCUGCAGGCGCUGCAGGAGCUGGAAGGGCGUCUCGGCAGGGAGAACCUGCAGAAGCUGCGAGCCCACAACGAGCAGAGCCGACGGCAGCUCGACGAGCUUCAUCGCCGCUGCCAGGAGCUGGGCGCGCUGGCGGAGCGCUUGGAACAGGAGCGGCUGGCGCAGCAAGAGCGCCAGGGCGCCGAGCUGGCCGAGUAUCAGGUAGGGCAGCGGGAGCUGGACGGAGAGCGGGAGGGCAGAGGCGCCGCAGAACCUCCAUGGACCAUGGCAGUCUACCUCUGAGUGCCAAACUGCUGGGCACUAAAACCUAGAAGCAUCACUAUAAGGCACAGUAUGCCAUACGUCAACCGCUUACUCUGUUCUUGUCAGUUAAGUGGUAAAUAAUUUUUCUUAAAUACAUAAAAUGAAAAGAAAUGCUUGCUGAGUAGCCCCUUGGCUUGAUCCAAGCAGGGUUCUGCUUGCAUUAAGGGCUGACUAUUUACUGCUUUGAAUCUGCCCUGGUUGGGUUGCCAACUCCCCACCCCCUGGCAGAGCUCCUGCACCUUUAUUUGACGAGAGGCAUUUAUGCUGUGAGUUCAGCUUUCAACUAGUGCAUGGGAUGGUUGGAAGCAUUUCACAUACUCUACUUUAUUGCUCUAGUCUGAACACAGAGAGAGAGAGAGCGCCCAUCGUUUUCUAAAGACUUCUAGUGAGUUAAUGGCAAAGGCUUUCUUAGGUCAUAGGUGGGCAGCUUGUAGCCCACAGCCUCAGGAGACCCCCCUCAUGCCUCUUCAACCUGCUCCAUUCUUUUAUCCUUCUUUCCUGUUUGUUUUCUCUGCCUUUAUAUAUAAGAAGUUGUUUUUCCUUUAUGUAGUGUCUGGGGGAAAAUUAAUUGAUUUUUAUUUAUUUUACUUUACCUGGGUUCAUGACUUGCCUUCCAGCUGCUGGUGAACAAAUUAUGCCAUGUUUGUAUAGCACACUUGAAUGAGAAAAUGAAGUACUAGCACUUACUUUCCGGAACAGUUGCUGUGAUUCAACAGUAGCUGUGUUGUACUAAAAAAAACCCCAAAAAAACUAAGCAAAAAAAUUAUCUGUAUAAUUUUUUGAGAAUAGCUUCAUCAAACCCAGUGGGGUAAACCAGCAUAGGAUUAGGAAUUAUAUUCUUGAGACAGACAUGGUAAAAAGUGAGUCUGGGUGGUCUUUAUUCCUGUCUAGUUAAUCCAGAACGAUUCUCUAAUUUCCACACCCCCUCAUUUUUUUAUUCCACUAACCACUGGCAUGCGCCCCUCGCGAAUUACUCCCCGAGGAGUGUGGCCACCGAUGGAAACCUCAACUAAAACCUGUCAGGGUCUUAUCGUUUGUCCCCCUAACUAGCGCUGGUGUGUGUGGCUCUCCCCGCCUUCCCCCGGCACAAGAGUGCUGUGAUGGGAGCAAACCGCACUAGCUGCAUCUCCUGCUUCUCACACAGCUGUUGCCGAGGGGGUAAAGGAAAUGCUCUUGCCAAGCUCAGAGACAUGCUCUUCUGCAUUCGUCGAGAAUAAAACCCAUUUGGCUUAUUGUUUGUGCAGGAGCUGCAGUCUCCAAACUUGACAGUAGCUCAUCCAUCAAUAGUCUGUAAAGGCUGGACCCGUAGGCAGGCUUGCAUAGGAGUAAGCCCCGCCAAUCACCCUGGGAUGUAACUACGAGUAAAUAUGCAAAGAGAUGCACUUCAAAUCUCCCUGGGCAACUGUUUUAUUAAAUGUUUAGUUCAAACAUGAGGAUUUUGUUUAGCACAGCUUAUUAAACUCACCUCCAGCCAUUGUUUUUUUUGUUGGUGUUUUACCUAAUUAUAAUUUAUUUGUUAUUAUUACUUGUUGCAUUUAUAUCCCACCUUUUCCUUCAAGGAGCUCAAGGUGGAAUAUAUGGUUCCCCUCUCCUCAUUUAAUACCCACAACAACCCUGUGAGGUAGGAAAGGCUAAGAGGCAGUGACUGGUGAAGUUCACCCAGGGAGCUUCAUAGCUGAGUGGGGAUUUGAACCCUGGAUUCCCAGGUCCUAGUCUGACACUCUAACCACUACUCCAUUCUGUCUCUCUAUAAUUACCGGGUUCUGUGGUGCUAUUGUCUUCUUGCCUGGGGGCGUCCCUGUGGUCUCCCUUAGCUUGAGCGAUGCCACAGUUUCAAAUGCUCCCAUAGGAGUCUGGGAAAAUGGAGGCAAACAAAGUUGAUGUUUCUAGGAAGACAUUAAAAAAAACAAAAACUCCCCUGAGCCAUCUUAAAAAAUAUGAUACUUGCAACUUGCCUUCUGGAUUUCCUUAGCCUUUGCCACUCUGUGGGUGGUUGCACCUGUCACCCUCUCCUUGCUACAAACUUGGGCGCCCACUUUCAAGGAGUGGUGAUGGGAUCAAGUUUAGCUAGGGAACAUUCCCUCGUUAUGGACUCUCCUUCCUUGGAGGUUUUUAUGCAGAGGUUGGAUGGCAACCUGCCAUGGAUGCUUUAGUAGAAAUUCCUGCAUUGCAGGGGGUUGGACUAGAUUACCCUCGGGAUCCCUUCCAACUCUGAGAUCCUACAAUCCCACUUUUCCCAGUGGUAAAACAAAAGCAAAAGGAUUCAGUUCCUAUUUGGCUUCCAGAGUCCCCAGUACAGGACACAGUGUUCCCUCUGGAGGGGCUGAGUCGCACCCCUUUUCACACUUCACAUGACUAAAGGUGCUUAGAAUAGCACGGCUGGGUACUAAGUUUCAUUUACCAGCAGGCUGCGAUUUUGGCGACAAUGAAAAUAUGGGGAGUGGCAGGACAAAAUGGCUGCCUGGUGUGGGGGGUGGGGUGGGAGAAGGUGUCAGUUUGUGACAUGGAGAGUCAGAGUGGCUGGGGCAACCCAGUCAGAUGGGUGGGGUACAAAUAAUAACAUUGUUAUAAUAUUAUAGUGUUGGAGCUUGGUGCACGUUUGUAGCAGCAGAGUGCAGAAACAGUCUGAGGUAGUGGCUGGUUGAAAGACUAGAGAAACUUUAUUCAUGAGGUCUGAACUGGCGGUAACUGACCAGGCAUGAAAAUCGGAGUUGAAAGCAAUAACCCAAUGAAGUUGUCGACCCAGUGUGCUACAGCUGUGAAAAAUUCAUGCUAGGGAUUGUUAGGAAAGGAAUUGAAAAUAAAACUGCUGAUACCAUAAUGCCAUUAUACAAAUCACUGGUGCCACCGCAUUUGGAAUAAUGUUUGCUGGUCUGGUCCCCUCAUCUCAAAAAAGAUAUUGUAGAGUUGGAAGAGGAUCAGAAAGGGAUAACUGAAAUGAUCAACAGAAUGACGCUCCUCCAUUAUGAGGAAAGGUUGCAGCAUUUGGGACUUUCUAGUUUAGAGAAAAGGGAAGUAAGAGGUGUUGUGAUAGAAGUUUAUGAAAUUAUGCCAGAAGCAGAGAGAGUGGAGAGAUAGAGGUUUCUCGUGUAACACUAGAACUUGUGGAGAUCCAAUGAGGUUGAAUCUUGUAGGAUUUAGGACAGUGGUACCUUGGUACCUUUCGACUCCCAGAAUGGUUCGAAAACCAAGGCGCAGCUUCCGAUUGGCUACAGGAGCUUUCUGCACUCAAUCAGAAGCCAUGGAAGCCACAUCGGACGUUUGGCUUCCCAAAAACAUUCGCAAACCGGAACACUCACUUCUGGGUUUGUGGCGUUCGGGAGCCAAAACGUCCAAGUACCAAGGCAUCCGACAACCAAGGUAUGACUGUACUUAGUUGUGCAGUACACAGUUAAACUAUGGAACUUGCUCCCACAAGAGGCUGUUGAAUGGCUUUAAGAGAGAACUGCACAAAUUCAUGGCCAUUGUUGACUACUGGCCAGGAGGGCUGUGCUCUACCUCCACAGUCAGAGGCAGUAAUGCUUUUGAAUACCAGUUGGUUGAAACCGCAGGAGGGAAAAGGGCCCUUGUGCUUGAGUCCUGCUUGCGGGUUUCUCACGGGCACCUGGAAUCAACGUACCAUUGGCCUUGAUCCUUCAGGCUUUUCUUAGGUUCUUCACAUUACUCCUGGCAAACAAAGCCAUUUAUAAAUAAAAUUUAUUAUUAUUAUUAUUAUUAUUAUUAUUAUGAGUACAAGUUUAUGUGUGGCCAUCUUGGAGUCAGGAGGUUAACUCUGAAGGUCCAACACUAACACUAGCCAAAGCAGCAGCAGCAGCAGCAGCAGCAGCAGCAGUGAGAUGGGUGUUAUGACACCUCCACCACUGUAUGGAAAUGUAGGGCAGCUGGGUGUGGUGAUAAUGCUUGUGUGGUACUAUCUGCAGAUGUCUCUCUACAAAGCCACAAUUGCAGCCACUUUGUGGGGAGCUUAAUAGCUAUGGUGGUUGUUUGCUGCUGCACCUCGAGUUCAUACCUUCACUUCUCUUGAUUUCUUUACAUGUGAUGUAGAGAAUGUGCAAACUGCUGAAUGUGACCUGACACCCAUUUAAAUGUAUUGCACUUUAGGUGGCUUGAAAGUCUUUGAGACAAUGGCAUGAUAAUAUUCAAAUCUCAGAUCUUUGGUUCAGGCCAAAUAUGAAUUUAUUUGGAAAGGCAUGUAAUUUCCCCUUGUUGUCUUUAUUACUCCCCGGUCUCCCCCUCAUCCAGCUGUACUGUAAACUCUUCUGUUUACACUGUUCCUGUGUGGUGAUUUUGUUUGCCCCUUGACCUGGCAAUUUCCUUCAUCCCCCUCUUUCAGUGCUGUUUUUCUGAUUUUGAUGAUACCACUUGAUAUUGUCCUUUGCAUCCUUUAACUUGUAUGUAAUUCAAUAAAAGUAAAAUAAUAAUUUCAAAAGGCAUGAAAAGAGCCAUGCUGAAUUCGAGCAAAUGCCUACUUAGUCCGCCAUCUUUUUUUUCUGCAGUGACCAACCAUUUUCCUCUAGAAAGUUACCAGGGAGUGACUGCUGCUUCCCAGUAGCUGGCAUUCAAAGGCAGAGUGCAUCUGAUAUCAGAGGCAGCACAUAGCUUUUAUCCUCCAUGGAUUCGUCUCACUGCGCUUUUAAAGAUAUCUGAAUUGGCAGCCAUCUUGUGAUAGCAAAUUUCAGUUGAACCAUGUGCUGCAUGAAGAAAUGCUUCACGGGCAGGUGGGACUUUUCCAGGUGCGCUGAUCCAACAGGCUCUUCUUACGUCCUUAAGCAGUCUUUGUUCUGGUGCUACUUCUGAGUAACCCACUUUGUCGAGGGUGUAAAAAAGUCUUGAAAUAAGUGGGUUUUUGUUUUGUUUUGGUGGAGUUAGAACAGUUAAUGUAACCAUAGUACACUGUGAAAGUUAACGAAAGCCAUUCAUCCAGCCUGCAUAUCUUUCCCUCUGUUUCCUGUCGGUAACCAUUUCUUUUGUUCCCGAACAGCCGUUUUAUUUGCACGCUGGUAGAUUUCUGUUGUCUCUGCUUAUCUCAUUAACAGCUGCAUUGUGAGCAGGGCCAUUGGAGAUUAUGGGGAUGUUGUAUAUUGUGAAGGGGCAGGAUUUUGUGUGCCUGGAUUUUCAAAAUGCCACUUGUGUGUGCCAUCUGCUGAGGUUGCAAAUUGUUACACAACCAAACUUUCAGGAUGUAAAAUGCGACAGUAGCUCAGUGGUUAAGCAUAAUGGUUAACCAUGGUUAACACCUGGGGUAGCCAACGUGGUGCUUUAUAUGGGUUGUUAGACUCCAGCUCCCAUCAUCAUUGGCCAUGCUGGGUAGGAUUGAUGGGAGCUGGAAUCCAAAACAGCUAGAGAGCACCAUGUUGACUAUUCCUGAUUAACGCUCAGGCCUGGUUUCAAUGUCACAAUAAACCAUAGUUAAUACAAACUAUGGCUUAAUGUAAGUGUGCAGUGUGCCAGUGCAUAUUGAUCAAGUUGCAGUGCUUCAUUCCUCUCUUGCUUCUGCUGCUGCAAGGAAAGAAGGCAUGGUCUGGCUAAUCUGAACCCAAGCUCAUGGUUUGCUUCUUGCUAAACAAACCAUGAGCAAGAACUAAAGUUUAUUCUCUGAUACUGAUGGUGGCUUGUUGGGGGGAAGAUUCCCCCAAAGUCCUGGCUUUCCCCAAAUAGUCCUGGGAACUGUAGUUUGUUAAGAAUGCUGUUAGGGGUCUCCUAACAGUUCUCAGAACUCUUAACAAACUACAGUACCCAGGAUUCUUUGGGGGAACCAUGGCUAUUUAAAGUGGUAUGAUCCUGCAUUGAACGUGUAGAGCAGAUGGGGCCAUUGUAGAUUAUUUUGCCUGGCAUCUGCUCUCACCAGCUGGGGUUCUUUCCAGCACCCGCUGUUUAAGACACUUUACCUGGAGGUGCCAGGGAUUGAACCUGAGCUUUACCACUGAGCUAUGAUCACCUUUCAACCUAAUGUAACUUGCAGGGUUAUCUUUCAGACAAAUGGGAAAAUGCCUGCUCAAAAAUAACCUAGGAACUAUUUAUAUUAACACUGUUACAUGCUUCCUCCCCACCCAGUAUUCCCUGUACAGAGUGACAUUCCAGGGACGGGACGGCCUGGCAUUUAGUUUCCUUUAGAUGAGCAAUCACAGAGAACCGCCUAGAGAAAGGUCCUGCACUCUCAAAGGCACCAACUCACUCACCUUCCGCUUCCAACUUUCUCUUCCAAACUUCCAAUCUAACACACAAACUGUUGUAUCUUUAAUUUUGCACUGUUUUCUCCCCUGGAGUCAACUGGGCAAUUACUAUGUUAGGCCUGGUUCCCAGAUCUGUUCAGUGGUGUUUCAAAGGAGAUGGGUACUGCAUCUUGUAAAAUUAGCAUUUUAACACAGAUCUAUCGCAAUGAAUUAGUGCAUUAAUUCCCAUCUAGCCAAGCAGCAGGAGACAAGUGUUUCCCCUUCACUAAGCUGUGUGUGUGUGUUACUUCUGAGUGACUAUAGAAUUAAUUAAGUAAACUGACUGGGGGAUCCAAUCCAAAGCCUUUGGAAUCAAUUCCUUCUUCAGGAGCAGUACUUGAAUAACGCUUCUCAGGUCGGUCUGAGUAGUUUGCAGACUCGGUUGAGAACUGUUAUUUCAAAUAGCUGCAGAAGAAGGACUUAUUCCAAAAUGUGUUGAACCUAACCAUCUUUUUUACCUGCAUACCUAAAGCUCUUCUCCCCUUUUCUUCCUGUCGCUGCUUUCCCAUUUGUUUUCCCAAUUUUGUAUGUCAGCCAAACCAUAGUUGGCACAAGCCAUGCCUUGCAAAGCUACUAUUUUUCCUCUUGCUUUGCAGGAUAGGCUGCCAAUCUGCUAGCAGGCUAAGUCAAUCCUAACACAGAAGUCCCUAUACUGCUCUGGAUCAGGUUACCUGAGAAACUGCCUUACUCCUUAUAUUUUCCCAGGAGACCACUGUGGUCUGUGGGAGAGCUUCACCUGCAAGUUCCAAAGAUCUCAGAAGCCUACUCAGCAGUAGCCACAAUUCUAUGAUAGGUUGUCAGGUCAUGUGAUGGAGCUCAGAGCAGGGCUUUUACUGUGGCUGCCCCUGUUCCUGUCAAUAUACAACAGGUGCCUCCUUGCUACACCUUCUAGAAAGAACUGGAGACCAUAGGCUUUCCCAGCUGGAUAAAUGAUAAUAAUAAUAAUAUUUUUUUAUUUAUACCCCGCCCUCCCCAGCCAAGACCAGGCUCUUGGCAGCUGUGCGUGAGUAGGUGAGGUAUUGGGAGCUCAGAGCCGCAGCGUAUGAACGCGCCGCCAUCUUGGAACAGAACCAAAUGGCUCCUUACCACAAUUGUCCACUUGUUAGGCUUGACUUAUUUUCAAAGUAUUUGUUGUUUUUGUGUUUUUAACUGCCUCCUAUGUAAAUUGCCUUGAGAAGGUGAUUUAGAAGGCAAUUAAUAAAUAAAUGAUGAUAAUGUUACAAUAAUAGAAGCAUAGUGGAGUUUGUGUAGGGAACCCAUUGCAAUAGUGCCCAGAAACAUUAUUAAAAGUAAAAGAUAGAGAAGAUCCAGGAAUAGUCACAGCAGUAUGUCCUAAAUGUUGUGAUGAUAAAUGACCCAUCUUCACUCAACGUUACCUCCAGAAAACAAGUGUUUCUGUGCUGGUGGAACUCUUUGGGGGAGAUUUCAAGGGGGAAAUCACCUUCCCUGGAGCUCUUAACUCAGACAAAAUCCCCAUCCAUCUUUUCCUAUUAGGUUUUUUGUCUCUGAAAUUGUGCCAUUGCCAGGGUUUUAGUUAGCUGACCCGUGAGCUCACUCAAGUUAACAAUUUAUAUUCAUGUUUCGCUUUAGGUGAUCAUUGAAGCCUUGGAAGAAGAAAAGCAUUUCCUAACCAUGUCUAUCGCAGAGUACCUAAAGGACUACCAUGAACUCUUGCAGGUGAAAGCUGGUCUCAGCCUUGAAAUUGAAACUUACAGGUAAGGAUCAUAAAAGUGACCGAUGGUGGUCUUAAGAGACACUUGAAAUUCCUCUUAUGCUGCAGUGGACAUUUAAGUUCAGUUGCAACCUCAUUUCACAUAAAGCAAAAAUUUGGGGCAAGUUUGAAUGUCUCCGCUUGAAUGGAACAUCUGAGAAAUUUAGAGACAAGCAAAACAAAAAAAGUUGAUAAGUAGUAAAAUCUGUUACUGUAGGGUGUGCUUGCACACACAUACUUAACUUGGAGAUGACUAAUGAUGUGAGGUGAGAAUAUUCUUCGAAAGAUUAUUCUUGAGAAUUUAACAUCGCUAGAGAUGACAAACCAGUGCUCAAAACCAGUUCAGGAACAGUGUGGGAACAAACUUACUCCAGAUAAGGCAGAUAUUUCAGCAUAUUCAGUCUAUUUGGAUUGACUUGGUAUAAUUCUCUGGAAAUCUUCAUUCGGCUAGAUGGCAAAUAGAGCACUUGUUGUCAGCAGCAGGGUGUGUGUGUGUUCUUUGAUGCUGAAGCCAUGGAGUCUGCAUCUGGUCACAAUCUUUAAGAUGGAGUGGGAAAAAGAAGAUGGUGGAUUUGAAAUAACAAGUCAAUUUAUGAUGUGGGUUCUAAUCCAAGCAGACACGGACUUUGUUUUUGAACAAGACGCUCCAGCUGAGACAGGAAAAUGAAUCUGUAAAAUACUAUACUAUUUCAACUAUUUCUGUCCAGGAUUGAUUAAAAGGCUGCCCACAUGCCCACCUGUUUUAUACAUAAUGUUACUUGGUUUAAAAAAAUAAGAUAAAAGUCACAAGAACAUGAAAUAAUGAGGUUUUCAGUCAGGAUUGGUAUUUCCAAUCAGUUUUGGGAUGCUGGAUUUUGUGUGAAGUUUUUCUGCCCUUUCUAAUGAGAGAGAAUUUUCCAGAAGUUAAUUUAUCAUCGGUUAGGAUGCCAGCCCUGCUCAUAAGUGGGUUUUUUUUUAGCAGUAAUAGAUCACUUUCAGUUUUCUUCCUUGCUCCCCGCCCCUCCCUCUGCUGGUAUCCAUCACCAGCUCUGCGAACACAGAUGAAAAUUUUAUAAAUCCGUAUGAAGGAGCCUCUGGUUCCUUGGAAGCCGAAAUAAAAGCCUUCCAUGUUUUACCAAAAGGAAGAAUCCUAAUACCAGUAUUUUUAAAAGUUGUUUUGUUUUGUUUUUUUGGUAAAGGUGAAUGAGGAGUGACAGUACUGAUUUCGUUUUUCUCUUUUUAAAUUCAGUGCAAAUGUCAUAGGAACACUGGAAGUUGCCUUUCAUUAAGUCAGACCAUUGGGUCCUAUGCUGAAUAGCUGUGGCUCUCCAGCGUUUAAGGCAGGGGUUUCUUCCAAGCUUUACCUGGCAAUGCCGAGAGACUGUGUGAGCCAGUCUCUCUCCCCUGCCUCAUUUAAUCCACACAACAGCCCUGUAAGGUAGGUUAGGCUGGGAGGGAGAGAGAGACUGGCUCACAUUCACCCAGAGUGGGGAUUUGAACCCUGGUCUCUUCUCUCAGAUGCUAGUCCAACAGUCUAACCACUAUGCCACACUGGCUCUUGUAAGUUCUGUCCAUGAUUGAAGGAAUUACUUCACAACCUGCCUCUCUGCAGCUGGUUUACUUGGCAUUCCACCCCCCACCCCCCGAUUCUGGGUAUGUUUGUAACCAAUGGUUACAAGGGAAAAGAUGACGGCAAAAUUUAGAAAGAAUGAGCCACUGUCCCAUCUCCCCCCCUUCUCCUUUUUUAAAAGGUCUUCUAAGUAGGGUUUGCUUGUAUUGUGAUGCACAGCUUGUUUUCAGCAGCACUGCUCUGGGUUCCAGCUGACUGCUGUGUGCUGCUGCUGCCGCUGCUGCUGCCCUUUGCCAUAUACAGUGCAUUGCUUGGAACUUAUUUUUAGUGACUUCAUUCGUUGCUCCAGCAACCGAGCAAACUGUUGUUUUAUCAGCGGCCAAAAAUCCUUACUCAAACUUCCCGCAUUCCUAAUUUCCAUCAUCACAGUUAACACUUUCAGAGAACUUCAUCCUGUAAGGGGCUGGAAGAGAUAAUUUAAUCCUUCCUGGAGGACUGUGUGUAUUUCUUGUAGUCUGCGGGAGGGGCUUUAAUUUGGCAUUUCUGCGUCCUGGGAGAACAAUAUGUUAUAGACAGUUCACUGCAAAAAACCACAGAGCAAAAGGUUUGCAAAAUGUGCAAAAUUCAGGUUUGCCAAAGGUGCUUAUGCCAAAGCUAGAUGAUGAUGGUGAUAAUUGGAAACUACUAGCAAGCCUCCGUUGUGUAUUUUUAAACAUAGGAAGCCAGAUCAGACCUUUGGUUCACCUAGGUCAGGACUGUCUAUACUAAUUGGCAGGUGACAUUCCCAGCCCCACCUGGCCAGGCUAGGGAUUGAAACUGGGAUCUAUUGCAUACAAAGCAGAUUCUUUACCACUGACCUAUAGCCCUCCCUAGGGGUGCCAAUUCGAAUAAAAUAUUGAAGGGCCCAGGUCAGCCUCUCCCCACGUAAUCAAUCACAUGACUUGGUGCAUGCACGCACACCAUUUAAAUGGCAAUGCCCAUCAACUUUGGGGACCCCCAGAGCCCUUAAAUAUUUUACUGGGGGAGCCAAAAGGUGCUCCUUCACAUAUGCCAGCCCAUCCUUGCCUUGGCAGCAAGUGCUAGUGUGAGAGGAUCUCCAUUCUCUGACUUUUCUAGCUAUUGUCUUACUUGGGAUUGUAAAACCAGCAGUGAAUGAUUCAUACGUGUGGUUCUUCAUUAGGCUGAUAGUUUUUAAUUGAAAAAGCUAGUCAAAUAUCUAGUCCUCAUGUUUUUAGAGAUCACUUUGUGAUGACAAGGACUCCUUGGUAGAAUGUUCAGUGUGCUGAAUGAAUUCCCUGCUUUCCGUCACAGUAAGUGGUUUUAACUCCAAAUCUAAAGUUCAUGGUAUUAAAUGUCAUCAUUGUUAACUAUUUCACAGUGAGUAUGUGUUAAUACAUUUUAUUAAAUUUCUUUCUAAAAGGAAAAUAUUCCAUAACAAGUAUGUAAUUUCACACAACUGUUUCAUAGUUGUAUUCAAACAUACGGUUAACUGCUUCCUAUAUCUUAAAAUGUCAAGUAUAAUCAAAGAAACAGUUUGAUUGAAGCAUGCAUUCCGAAAGACUGCAAACUGUUUCCAGCAACUAGAUAUAUAAUCUUAUUUAUCCUUUAACUUCUUUCUUGAUACCUCACCAGAUAUGUCAAUUUCAGCAUAACCGCAACUAUCCAUCUGCAAUUUACCCACUUAGCUGUGCUUGACCCCUCCACUCCCUUCCAUUUAACUAGCUAUUAAAUUGAUUACAAGUUUGUGAAGUUCCGUAGCUAUGUUACCUCUUUAUGUAACCUAGAAGGAAAAAUAAUUUGACUUACUGGGAUGGCUAUUGAUGUUGUUGUUGCACAAUGUUUUUGGGUGGUUCUUUUUUAAAAAAAUUACAAAAUGCUAUCUAGGAGCUAGAAUUUUUAGCUAUCACACUCUUCCAGAUGAGCCAUUUACAGAGUUGAAGUGGUCAUCUUGUUAUCUGUUCGAAACAUUUAGCAGAGUUGAAACCAAAAGUGUGUUCCAGCAGAGUAUUAAAGUGGCAGCUUAAAUGAACUCUGUGUUUAAAGUCAGCUGUUCAAGAAUUUCCACAGGUCUUAGUUCUAGUUUUCAGAAGAAUAUAUUGCAACGGCAUAAACAGAAUCGGCUCUGGGCAGGUUUGUGUGCAAGAGAGGAGGGGAAAGGAGGAGGUAGGAGUCACAGAACUCUUCUGGUCUCCUUAGAAUGAUUAGAAGAUCAGGAAUGUGACAUGUCCGUUCUGGGCCACAGUCCAUAUGAAAUGCCAACUCCUUUACUCUUCUAAUACUUGCUUUUGUGUAUUACAGAGCUUUACUAGAAGGAGAGAGCAGUCAAUGGAUUCUUAUGUGGGAUGAAGAGCAUGGCAGGAAAUUACCACAAGGUAUGAAUUGCAGACAUGCAUGUGUGCAUUUCAGAGUAAGGAGUGGAAGUGACAUGUCGGCACCAUCACUAGUAAUUCCGCACAUCCUUGUUUCAACAGAGGGGGAGCUCUUGCUUCUAGUUCUGUGAAGGUUUAUAUCAGUGUUUUUCAACCACUGGUUGCCUGGUGUGCCGUGGGAAAAAUUGAAAACUUCGAAAGAUUAAAAAAAUUUUUUUUUUUUUAAAUUUUCGCCCACUAGGUGGGCACCGGACUGUGUCCUGGGUAUGGGGGGGGUUGACCCCACCCUCGGCCAGCAGGGGCGCCGAUUGGCGCUCCUCAGGGGGACACCCUCCACUUUUCUGAUGUCCGGGCUGUGAUUGGUCCAGACUCCAGCCUGGACCUAUCACAGUAGGACAUCAUCUUCCGACUUCCUUCCCGCCUGAGGACAGUGUGCGCAGCAGCGGAGAGAAGAAGACGUCGUGACUCGAGUCACCAGGAGGACCGGAGAAGUUGUCAUUUUAUUUCUCUUCAGUCUCCACUGGUUUAUAUAAUUACGUAUGGUGCAAGGAGAAAGUGGAUAGAGACAUUUCCCUCUCUCUUUCAUAACACUAGAACUUGGGAUGGCCCGGUAACAUUGGCUGCCAAAGAGGGCAGCCCAAAUCAAGCAUGUAUUUCACACAAUAAGAACGUAAGAAUCACCCUGCUGGGUCAGACCAAAGGCCCAUCUGGUCCAGCAUCCUGUUCUCCCAGUGGGAAGCCAAUAAGAAGAACCUGACUGCAGGUUGUGGAAGGCUCCAGUAGCCAGAGCCAAUGAGAUGCAGAGCCAAUAGAUUCUAGUUUUGUUCCCAUCUUCUUCCUUACUGAGUUGUAUAAUGGCAGCACUGAGACUAAGGAAAAGGAAGGUAACAGCGGUGCCGCUCCCUAGACUAGUCAGAAGAAAAAAGGCAGUGAGGAGACGGGGGUCAGACUGAUGUUGGUGGGGCAGUGCGCCACUUGCUCGAAUGAACCGGCCUCCACUGAGUAGCUCAUAUGGAUAGAAAAGGCCCCCCACUUCAGAAAAUAUAUGUCAGUAUGAGAAAGGCCAGGAGGAUCCAUGCAACUUGGAGAGUGGGGUGAUACAUGCAUAGCUCUGUAGCUCCUUUUGGUAACAUGAAGAGGUCUUGGGAAGAAAGGUUCAGGGACAAGGAGCAGCAAUUUGAGGGAGCAGAAGUUCUUCAGAGAUUGUAGUGGAGCUGGGGUAGAUUGAGAGUUAACAUCAGAUAAACAUCAAAGAAAUAAGGGGGAGGUUGUUGUUGUUUAGUCGUUUAGUCGUGUCCGACUCUUCGUGACCAGAGCACGCCAGGCACUCCUGUCUUCCACUGCCUCCUGCAAUUUGGUCAGACUCAAGUUGGUAGCUUUGAGAACACUGUCCAACCAUCUCGUCCUCUGUUGUCCCCUUCUCCUUGUGUCCUCCAUCUUUCCCAACAUCAGGGUCUUUUCCAGGGAGUCUUCUCUUUUCAUGAGGUGGCCAAAGUACUGGAACCUCAUCUUCAGGAUCUGUUCUUCCAGUGAGCACUCAGGGCUGAUUUCCUUAAUAAUGGAUAGGUUUGAACUUCUUGCAGUCCGUGGGACUCUCAAGAGUCUCCUCCAGCACCAUAAUUCAAAAGCAUCAAUUCUUUUUUUUUUUAAUAAGAUAUUUAUUAAGCUUUUUUAAAAAUAUUACAAUAAAAAUGAAAAAAAAAAUAACAAAAAUACAAAAUAAAAAUAGUUAAAAACACACAGAUUUUUCCAUUGCUUGUUUUCCUUUAGCUUGUUUCCCGGACCUCCUCAUACCUCCCUUUUUUGUAUUCCAGUUCAAUUUGUUGGUUCAGCAAAUCCUUACCCUCUUUAUUUAUCCUAAUCUUUAGUCUUAAAAUAGUAACGUUAAAUUUUUACCUAUUAACAACCCAUUUUUCAUAAUCCCUUAAAGCAUUACAGCUGGAAACCACUUAAUUUCUAUCCAACAUCAUUCUAACAUUCAUUAAUUUUACAAUAAUUCUGUAGAUAGUCUUUGAAUUUCUUCCAAUCUUCUUCCACCGACUCUUCUCCCUGGUCUCGGAUUCUGCCAGUCAUUUCUGCCAGUUCCAUAUAGUCCAUCAGCUUCAUCUGCCAUUCUUCCAGAGUGGGUAGAUCUUGCGUCUUCCAAUACUUUGCAAUGAGUAUUCUUGCUGCUGUUGUGGCAUACAUAAAAAAGGUUCUAUUCUUCUUUGACACCAAUUGGCCAACUAUGCCCAGGAGAAAGGCCUCUGGUUUCUUCAAAAAGGUAUAUUUAAAUACCUUUUUCAGUUCAUUAGAUAUCAUUUCCCAGAAAGCCUUAAUCCUUGGGCACGUACACCAAAGGUGAAAGAAUGUACCUUCAGUUUCUUUACAUUUCCAACAUUUGUUAUCGGGCAAAUGAUAAAUUUUUGCAAGCUUGACUGGGGUCAUGUACCACCUGUAUAUCAUUUUCAUAAUAUUCUCUCUUAAAGCAUUACAUGCCGUAAACUUCAUACCUGUGGUCCACAACUGUUCCCAGUCCGCAAACAUAAUGUUAUGUCCAAAAUCUUGUGCCCAUUUAAUCAUAGCAGAUUUCACCGUUUCGUCCUGAGUAUUCCAUUUCAACAGCAAGUUAUACAUCUUUGACAAAAUCUUAGUUUUGUGUUCUAACAGUUCUGUUUCUAAUUUUGAUUUUUCCACCUGGAAGCCAAUUUUCUUGUCCAAAUUAUAUGCCUCCAUUAUCUGAUAAUAAUGAAGCCAGUCUCGCACUUUAUUUUUUAGUUUCUCAAAACUCUGCAAUUUCAGUCUAUCUCCAUCUUGUUCCAAAAUUUCCCAAUAUUUCGGCCAAUUGGCCUCCACAUUGAGCCUUUUCAGAGCUUUCGCUUCCAUCGGUGACAGCCACCUUGGGGUUUUGUUUUCCAAUAAAUCCUUGUAUCUUAUCCAAACAUUAAACAAUGCUUUCCUGACAAUAUGGUUUUUAAAUGCUUUAUGCGCUUUGACCUUGUCAUACCACAGAUAUGCAUGCCAUCCAAAUACAUUGUUAAAACCUUCUAAAUCCAAAAUGUCUGUGUUUUCAAGAAGUAGCCAUUCUUUCAACCAGCAAAAAGCUGCUGAUUCAUAGUAAAGUUUAAAGUCUGGCAGGGCAAAUCCACCCCUUUCCUUUGCAUCAGUUAAUAUCUUAAAUUUUAUUCUGGGCUUCUUGCCCUGCCAGACAAAUCUAGAAAUAUCUCUCUGCCACUUCUUGAAACAAUCCAUCUUGUCCACAAUUUGCAAUGUUUGAAACAAAAACAGCAUUCUAGGCAAAGCAUCAAUUCUUCGGUGAUCAGCCUUCUUUAAGGGGGAGGUAGAAUCAAUAAUUAUAAAUCACAAUCAAUUCCCUCCAUUUUGAAUGUUGAGGCACAAAUGCCAUACCAAAAUGACCAAGGGGAACCCUUAUGAAGAAGGGUUACGGUAUUGGUGACUUUUCAGUUUAGAGAAAAGGUGUGAAAGAGGUUACAUAAUAAAAGGUAUUGUGUGGAAUGCACUUCUGAAAGAGGCAGCGAUAAUAGAAUUGUAGAGUUGGAAGGGAUCCUAAGGGUCAUCUAAUCAAAUCCCCUGCAGUGCACGGUAGCCACCAUCUUGAAUGGCUUUAAAAGAGGAUUAGACUAAUUCGUGGAGGAUAAGGCUAUCAAUGGCAGUAUGUUGGAGGCAGUAUGCUUCUGAAUCUCAGUUGCUAGAAAUCACAGGUAGAAUGCUAGUGCCCUCAAGUGAUGUUUGCAGGUUCCCCAGGGCCGUUUGGGUGGGCACAGUGAGAGUGGAGUGCUGGACUAGAUAGGUUGCUAUUCUGCUCUAGCAGGAGUAUUCUUACGUUCUCAGCCAAAAUAGGGCCACCCAUGGCCAAGAGGGAGGCAUCAUUGGAAGCCCCAAGGUUCGCAGGUGUACAAAAUAUCAGUGUGGCAUACACAUAGCUCUGGUCUUAACUAAUGGAUUUUAGCGCCCACUGUGAAAAGAAUUGGAAAUGUGUGUUUAGGAUUAGCCAUUAGUAGCACAUAAUACUAGGGCUCCCUAGCUGAGUGGUGUUAAUAAUUAAGAACUGAAUGUUUCUCAUGGAAUUUCAUCCUGUUUGCACACCAAUAUCGCUUGUUGCUCUGCAGGUGCAAAUCUCUUUUAUUUUGAUGGUCAAUGCAUUAGGGACCUUGUGAUGAACUGUACAGAAAUUAAACCUCCUGGGAUUAUGCAGUUGUCCACAUUUGUCACCUGUGUUUUGAAAAGAUAAGCAGGAAUGGAUGGUUUGACUACAAAGCAGCACCCAUUUUUCUUAGAUGUGUUAAUGCUAUGCUGUAAUUAAAUUUUUGCCAGUUGUGUGUAGCUGUGUUUGAACACUACUUAAGUAUACUAUGUUAACAGCCAUGAUUUUCAUUUGUUUUAUCUAUCGGCAGGUGUCCGGAACAAGCUUUAUGAGUACAGCAACCGCCACUCAGCUUAUCAACAGGCAAAAGGAAGGAGAACUUUUCCUGCAAUCCAGAAUGUUGACACAAGAUAUAAAUCCCCUGUAACGAAUAUUAGCAGCUCUGCAGUUUAUUCAUCUCAAACAAAAACUGGUGGAAUGCAGACAGUGACUCCUGGGAGACCAUUAAGAAGAGAUGCCUUCAGGACAGAACACCGCCCUUCUGCAGCCGUCACAAAGGACACAACUCGCAAGAGAACUAUGACGGAACAGAGAGAGAUCCGAACAUUUACCCCAUCUUAUCUUAUUAGCCAGGGGAAAGAAGCUGAACGAAGAACGUUUUCUGAAAGGCAGAAAACUGAAGCUGGGAGUACUGUGUCUUUUUUGAAAGAAUCAACAACUAUUCAGAAAGGCACAACAAGUCCAAAUAUUUCUGAAAAUGCAAGAGUGAAAGUGGGUAUUCCUACUAUGUUUCCAUCUUCUGGGCUAAGUUCCAGUUCUAAAGAAACUAAACAUGAGAGAACCAUAGAAGGAACACAGACUAGAGUGAGUGAACAGAUCAAAGACAGCAAGCCAAUGAAAGAGGAAAAAACUGCUUUGCUGGAGGGAAGAGAGAGAAACGAAAGAUGGCCCAAGGAAAAGAUAGACUCUGCCACUGCGAAGACCGACAAGAAAUCCAUCAAUGUUAGCUUUGAAAAGAAGACUGAAAUUAAGGAAGGCAUCAGUGAAGAAAAGCAGACAGUGGAAGGAUCUACCAUGAAGGAUAACAUGAGGGGAAGCGGGCUUUUGGGAGAUAAAGCACCCAAGCCCGGAAGCUAUGUAAGAUGGGAAGAAAGGAUUAGAGUGGAUACACCAGGGAAGAAUCUUCCAACAGAUACAAGGAUGGAAGAAAGCCAUUCAUUUCAAAGGGAGAAAAAUGUGAGCAUGGCAACACAAAGUAAAGAAGGUGCUGAGAUCCUUAUCCCGUCAGAAGUGUAUACUCACAGCCAAGUACUGAAAGACAAUAGCGUAGAAAGAACAUUACAGGACUUGAAGCCUUCUGUUGGUAAACAGAAGGAGGACACCACAUUUAAACUUGUCAAAGAAUCUAACCAAGAUGAAAAGGGGAGCUCCAAAAUAGACACCUUACUUCAAGAAAGUAUAGCAGAAUCCAUUGUUUCUGACAUUCUUAAAGGGUUCGUGCAGAAACCUUCUGAUGGUGGAGAUACCUCUGAUUUCAAAGUCAUCUCCAUUGAAAAGAAAGACAUUUCAGAGAAUGGAAAAGUGAAGACUGAGAUCAAUAUACAGUCUACAGUUCAAGAUGAAUUGCACAUUUCUGAUGAGUUUGGCUUGGGAACUUCCUUAGAGAAAGAUGUUAAAAAAGUUCUGGGAGACAUUAAGGGAAUUCCAGAUGAAGGUGUAAUAGAAGAUCUUGUGAAAGGAAAGGGGGGCAAAGGCAAGAGGACUGUUAAAGUUGAAAUAGUUGAGGAGCCAAUGGAAUCUACAGCUGAAAUGGAGUUUUCAACACCGUUUGAAGUAGAGGAAGUAGAAGAUACAUUGCCUGAUAUGGCCAGGCAUCUAUACCAUGGGGAUGAAGAAAGAGCUACCACAAGUACUAUCAAAGAUGUUAAGCAGAAGCAACCCAGUGUGAUCGUGUCUCAUGUGGAAGAAGUAUCUGAGGGGGAUGAUGUAGUUGAUGAAGAAAAGUAUUUUGUGUCUACUCCAGAGGAGCGCCCCUUGAGUGAAGAAGAAGCCUCAUUAUAUGGUCAAAUCCAUAUUGAAGAAGAAUCAACAGUUAAGUAUUCCUGGCAAGAUCAAUUCUUGCAGGGAUCUCAAACAAAGAUAAAUGAAGGUAUGGGCUCCCCAGAACUGAUUUACCAAGUGAUGGGGGGAGGGACAGCUGCCUACAUUUCAAAGGAGGAGGUUCCAAAGGAGCAAGUGGCUCAUGCCGAAUCCAUUGUUAUUGAGAAAGAGAUUAAAAUCCCGCAAAAAUUUCAGGAGUCCAUAAAGGAUCUCUUUUCUCAGGAGUCAAAGGACCCAAAGCUUCAGUUGAAAGAGGCACUAGAAAAGCUUGAUCACACCCUUCCAGAAAGUGUGAAACAGGAGCUCUCUGCAUUAACAGAAGAGGGCCAAGCUGAUGCUAGCAGUCUAGAAGUGGAUAUUAAAAAAACGGAGGACACAAAAAAGGGGGGGUUGGUUACCAUAGUCGCAGAAGUCAAUCUGUCCCAGGUGCUCAACCCUGACCAGUUAAAUGCAGAACUUUGGGGCAAGAUGAAGUUGCCAACACAGUUACCAAGCGAUGAUGAUUUUGAUGACCGCUGGAAGCAAGAGUCAGAAAGCUACAGUGGUGGUAGAAAGAAUGUUGACAUAGAUGUUUCUUCCACACCUUGGACUAUAGAAGAGGUUUCUAGCUCUAGCAAACUAAGCAGCAGUGAUGCCAGGGAAUGUCAUACAAACGAGCAAGUUAUCCACCAGGUCCCUGUUUUCAAAAGUAUGGAAAUUAAUAGAGGAGGAGGAGAAUAUUCUUCACAAGGGUCAUUUGACGUUAACAGACAUUUUCAGCAAAUUGUAGUUGGUCCAACAGAAAUUCACAGAACUGAGCAGGUUUUAUAUGAAGGCCCUAUUUCUGAAACUCUGGAGUUUGGUUCAGGUGGCUUUCAGACUGGAGCAUCUGCAGAUAUCAGUCAGUCCACAAAGGAAUUCAAUCUUGGCCCUAAAGAAAUUCAGACCACAGAAAAAAUAAUUUAUAGAGGGCCUGUUCAUAAAACCAUGGAAAUGAGUGGCCCUGAAAGUCCUACGCAGGCGCAGUUUUCUACUGAAAUUAGGUCCUCUAAGCACGUUACUUUGGGUUCAGAUCAAAUUAUUGAAGAAACUGUUUUUGAGGGGCCAGCUUCAGGCUUAUCAUCAAACAGCAGCAGUGAGGCUGUUUCUCAGACAAAAGGGCCAGCAGAAAGCAGCAGUUUGAUAAGGCACAUUCGGAUAGAUCCCAAACAAGUACACACUGAACAAGUUGUAUAUGAAGAGCCCCUUUCAGGAUUUGUGGAGCUUAGUAGCACUGGAGGCCAUACUGUGACUGAACAGACAGUGAGACAUAUUCGUCUAGGACAAAAAGACACCCAUAUAUCUGACCAAACUAUAUAUGAUGAAUCUCUUCUCAAAGCAACCGAAUUUGGUGGCUCUCCCGACAAACAUUUCAAGGAGGGGAUGGUAGAUACCAAUACCACUGUUCAUCACAUCAAAUUAAGUCCAAAACCAUUUGUAACAACUGAGGAAAUUGUUUUUAAGGUGCCCACUUCCGAACAGCACCUAGAGUUUAGUGAAAUGGGACAGACAUUUUCUUCUGAAGGGUUAGUAACACACAUUAAAUUGGGGCAGAAGGAAGUUCUGAGCAGUGAGCGUGUUGUUUACCAAGGUUCUCUUUCAGAAUCUUCAGGGAUCAGUUCUCCAGGGGAAGACAUUUGGGAAGAAGGAGGUUCCAUGGAGGUCAGUAGAUCAAUGAGGCACAUCAGACUCAGCCCAGCUGAAACUCAUGCUGAACAGAUUAUAUUUCAUGGCCCUAUUUCUGAAACAGUGAGGGUCGGAACUGCAGAACUAUCCCCAACAGAUGGGCCCUCAGAAAGCAGCAAAUCUGUUGGGCAUAUAAAGAUAGGACCCAAGGAAAAGUCUUUUACCUUUCAGAUGGAUGUAACCAAUGUGGAAGGGGGAAGGCAAGAUGCUACCAUUCUCGUACCGAACAGGAAAAAAGCUGCCUCACAGCUGGAGGGCACCAUGAAGGAUGACCAGAAGGACACAGAUAGUGAACAAAGAUUAGAGGAGUCAACAUUUGAUCAGACUGUUCAACUUCAAAGGAUGGUAGACCAAAGAUCAGUGAUUUCUGAUGAGAAAAAAACGGCUGUUCUUUAUCUGAAUGAGAAGGAGGAGGAGGAAGAAGAUUAUGAUGGACCUUGGUUCUGAAAAGAAUAUUGUCAACUUUUUUUUUUAAUCUAGGAGCUUGAUUGCCAUUUAUAUAUAGCUGACUUUAAAAGGGGGGGGGGACUCCCCUUAACUUAGCCAUUAACAAUGAAGUUAUAUAAGAGUAUUUUUUUAAGCAGGAUCUUUUGAAUGCACAUGUGUUCACAUGUUACAACAGUAGGUCUCCUUUUGCCAAUGCCAUUGGGUCUCAAAGAUUGUCCUGAGUCUGAGAGUAUUUGACUCUACAGGAAAACCAUCAACCUCAUUUAAAUCUAGAAAGCUAUGAUACUAUAGCAGCUUUAAAAAGUAUUCAAGAGCAAUCCAAUUUAAGUCACCUGGGACUUGUCUAGAGAAAAUGUCUUUAUGGCAUAUGCAGAUAAGUUUCACUUACUUUUGGAACCAUUUAUUAAAACUGAAAGUUGCGCAAAACCAGUUGGAAAAAAAACAGCAAAAAUAAAUGAAUAGUGUUGCCAGGCAACCCAGUUAAUUGCUGAUCUGUCAAAUAUACCGUACCUUUCAGUAGGUGACCAAGUAGGAAGAUAGGAAGCUGCCUUAUACUACGUGAGACCAUUGGUCUAUCUAGCACAGUGUUGCAUGCACAGACAGGCAGCAACUCUCCAGGUUAUAGACAAGAGUCUUUCCAGCUGUAUCUGAAGAAUGCUGGAGAUUGAACCUGAGACCUUUUACACAUGCUCUACCACUGAGUUCUGGUCCUUCUCCCAACCAAAUGGAUGCAACAGAAGAUGAGUGAAAAUGUGUUGAAUUCAUAUACAGUAGGUUAAUACCUUGUUUUAUUUCUCUUUUACACACACACACACACACACACACACACACACACACUACAACCACCACCACUAAAACAGUGGGCAUAUUUUACUAGCGAUGCAAGUUUUAUUAGGAUUAAGGCUCUCACUUUUAAGCAUUUUCACAGAAAUGGAGUUAAAAUGCAGGGGGAGAAUCUUCACCUCUUAAGUGACUUUUUUUCAGGCUGCUCUUAAAUUCACAGGAACAGGACCAAUGAAAAGUGGCCAUCCUGUUUAAAGUGAGUCCCUGCACAACUCCUGUUUGCUGAAAUGGGGCUGUGAUGUUGCAAAGUUUAGCACACUCACCAUUAGCUUGUGCUAACACGCCUUGUAUCCAGUUGCUAUAAGCUAUGUCAUAACGAUAAGGGUGCUAUAAUACUUCAGCACUAAAAGAAAGAAAGAGUGAGCAGCUACAUUUGGUGCUGGUACAUAAACAUAAAAAAUUAAAUAUCAUGCACCCAGAAUGUGCAUGUUUUCUUACAUUUAUUUCUAAUCACAAUAGGCAAGAAGAAUUGAGAUGCACUCAAAAUGUAAGCUUUAUGUGGGCAUUUGGUUGGCCCUUGUGAAAAAAGAAUUUUUUGACUAGGAGGGCUCUUCUUAGAUUCUUAAGCUUCCACAACUGUGUGACUUAGGUUUCGUUGCAUGUGGUGCAGGAUGGGGUGUGUGAAAUUAAAAAUCCACGAAAGGCUGAAGUUUUGAUUGUAAAUUAGACCAGGUAUCCAUCUAGUCUAGCAGUCUGCUUCCGAGUAGCCAACCAGAUGCCUCUGGGAAGUGCAUGUCAAGGCAGUGGCACUCUUCAACUUUUGUUACACACACAUGCACCAGCAGCUGAGGUUCAGUGGUGUGAUGAUCCUGUGAUUCUCCUCUAUUUGGUGAUCCUGUCCAUAGCCAUUGGUAGGCCUAACCUUCCCGAAUUUGCUCAAUCUCCUUUUAAACCAACCCAAGCCAGCAAAUAGGUGACUUUUUAACAGGCCAAGAAGGAAGGAAUCGGACUUGAGAACAUUCAGUGCUGUCUUAUAUCAACUCAGUCCACUCUAGCUAAGAAUUGCUCUUGCCAGGGGUGAGGGCAACCCUUCUCUAGCCAAGGGGGUGAUCUGUCAGGGGCUGCAUACUGGCAGUGGGUGGAGCCAGAGUGGACAAUGGGCAGAGCUGGAGACAAAAGUUUACCAGAACGAAGAGCACCCUCAUUUCAAUUUUCAUCAUGGCUACUUCAGAGAAUAAGUACCGAUCCUAUUCAGGUCUGUUCAGAAGUAUGCCCCAUAGCAUUUGGCCUCAUGAAGUUGCAAUUCUCAGAGUGAUUUAAUUGCAGCUUUGUUGAGGGAAUAGUCUCUCAACGACUCUCAGCACCCUGAACAAACUACACUUCCUUUGGGGCAAGCCAUGCCUUUUGAAAGCGGCACGAUAGUGCUUUAACUGUAUUUAUUUCAUAAGAUUUAUAUACUGUUUGAUGGUAAUAAAACAUCAAAGCAGUUUACAAAGUAAAAUAAAACAAUAUUAACAGUAAAAAGCAAUUAAAAACAACUGUUUAAAACAUUAAAAAUAAUUGAAAUCUAUUUCAUUUGUAUAGUACAGAUGAGGCUCCAGAUAUUUUCUGCAUGCAAAACAGUUGUGGCUUCUGCCAGAGGAAUUUUGCAACUGGAUGCUUAAGGCUGGACAUGCACUUACAGAUUCAAACUUAGAAUCUUAGGCAUAUUUCAUUACUGGUUUUCUACACCUAAAACUGAAUCGUCACUUAGCACAAGCUGCUGUUUCGCUUGUUUUUAUCCAGAGAGAAUACAACUUACUAGGAUCUAACCUGUCACAUAUAUGCCAGUCUGUCCUAUUUAAUAGUUGUGUUUCAAUAGCAUCGAGCUAGAAAGAUUAAUAACAUUGCCGCAGACAAUGUUUCUACUCACAGGCAGAGCUUAUUCAAACAUUUUUAAAAAAUUGAAUAUGAACAGUGGGAAGUUGGGGGCGGGUAUAAUGUUAUGCAGUAGAAUAUAUGCUUGUAGUUUAUCUCAGAAGUGGGGCACUUUUCUCCUUAAUGCUGCAAUCUUAAGCACACUUGGGAAGUGAAUUCUGUUUCAAGUGACACUUUCUUCCAGUGCUUUUUAAUACCCAUUAAUAUAAUAACCCAGGCCCUGAUCCAGCUUAUGCAGGACUUAAUUCCAUUUAAAGCCGAAGGAGUCAAGUUAGUGGUAACUGACUUUUUCCAUUGGCUUCAACUUUAGCUGGAUUGGGGCCAAAGUCAUGGGAGUAUUCAAUAUCUGUGCAAGUGAAAUGGAAAAGGUGUUGGAGUUCCAGUGUGAGAACUGUAGCUCUAGGUCAGCCACCCCUAACCUGAUGCCUGGGGUUGCUGGGAGUUGGAGUUCAAAAUGUCUGGAGGGCACCAGGUUGCAGAAGGCUGCCAUAGGCAAAAGUUUGCUACAGUAGGUGUUUUCAGAGGCCGUAGACAUGUUGAAAUUGGGUGGAUUAAUGUCAUGUGGGAUUUUGUAGGCCAUUUUUGUAUUUGUUGGUUAAAAUGCAGUGUGUGUUUCUGUGAUGGUUUAAAGCUAUUGUGACUUUGCACUUUUUUCUUUAUUAAGUAUUAAACAUUAAAAAUGA